CUUCUUCCACCUCCGAUCGAUCGGCUCCUCCCUCCCUCACGCACACCCAGCCCAUGCCACCGACACGCGCCUCCACCUAGAACCCUAGCCCCACCCCGAUGGCCGCGCCGCCCGGCCCCGUACCGGCCGAGGGGGCGGGGGCGGCGGCGGGGGCCCCCGUGGCGGCCCUGGCCGCGCCGGUGGGGCCACGGCCGUACGAGGUGGCCGUCGCCGCGGCGGAGCUCCGGCCGGUGGACUGCAACCUCGCGGCGCUGUGCGACCACGUGCAGGCGGAGGGGUUCGGCUCCGGGGCGUUCUCCGACGUCGUCGUCGAGGCCAUGGGCGCCACCUACCGCCUCCACCGCCUCAUCAUCUCCCGCAGCGCCUACUUCAGGAAUAUGCUACAAGGUCCUUGGAGGGAGGCUGGAGCACCUACAGUGGUGUUGCAUAUAGAUGAUGCAAAUGUUGAUUCAGAAGCAAUUGCAAUUGCAUUGGCAUAUCUUUACGGGCAGCCCCCAAAGCUUAAUGAUAACAAUGCAUUCCGAGUACUCGCGGCUGCAUCGUUUCUAGACCUUCAGGAUUUGUGUACAAUAUGUACUGACUUUAUUAUUUCUGAGCUCUGGACAUCAAACUUUUUGCAAUAUCAGCUGUUUGCGGAAAGUCAAGACUAUGGUAGUCAUGGAGAACGUGUCAGAAAUGCCUGCUGGGGUUAUCUCUGCCAAAGUGCUACGCUGGAACUACGGGAGGUGCUUCCAAAACUCUCUUCACAAACUUUGCAUGCUCUCCUUACAUCUGACGAAUUAUGGGUACCUAAUGAGGAGAAACGGUUUGAACUAGCAUUAUAUGCUUUGCUUUCGAAGAUCACUCUGCCUGAUGUAGAAGUUAGUGGAAAUGAAAAUUUGAGCCUUACAUCAAGCUCAAAGGGAAAGAGUCCAAUGAAUGAAGCUGGUGAGGAGCAGCUUAUGGGGUCUGAAUUGCAGAAAUUAAAAUUGCAUGACAACACAGAGAGUAUAACUGCCCAUAACACUAUUGAUAUUCCAGAUAUGAAUGCGGAAGGUUCCAGGAGGAAGGUAAAUGAUUUUUCCACAGGAGGACCAUCUGGGGAAAGCACAUCUUAUCAAUUUAACGAAGAUAUCUGGCUUUCUGGUGACCAAACAAGGAACCACCUCUCGAAAACUUCUUCCAGUAAUGGGUUAGUACCAACUGAGUGGGGAAAGCCCAAUGCACCACUUUGGGGUGGUAGGGUUGUUGGUCGGUGGCAAGUUAGAUGCGUUAGGGGAAGCUCUUCUCUUUCUUCUGAUGAGUACAAUGCUUUUAUGAACAUAUUUGAAAGGGGUUCUCUUCUCUACUGUAAUAUGUCAUUUGAUGCAUUGUUAAGUGUUCGAAAGCAGCUUGAAGAGUUUGGGUUUCCUUGCAAAGCUGCAAAUGAUGGUCUUUGGCUACAGAUGCUUCUGUGUCACAGAGUGGAAGCAAUAGUUGCUGAUACUUGCAGAAAUUGUUGCCUUACAAGUAAUUCAUGUGCUUGUAAACAAGCACAUGUAAGUUCGCAUCACCACUACAGGCAAGAGCAUGAUCGGGGCAGUGCUUCAGGUACUGUAGGUAAUAUGUACCUUGCAGAUUCCCAUGGUGAAGGAAAUGGUGUUUUUGGCCCUGUCCGUGUUAAUGUCAGAGGAGCAGUUGAUGGACUUGCUGGUAUUGGGAGAGGAAACUCUAAUGUUCCUGGUGCAGCUUGGGCUCCCACACGCUACGUCUACUCUCGUGUUCCUUAUGGACUUGGUUCAAGAAAUGGUCAACAAUCGUUCGCAAAUGAUGAAUCAGAACCUAGAGUUGACUUCAAUGGAGAUAUUUCGGGAGAUGGCCUGACUGCGUUGGUUAAUCUUACCCAAGAAAUCAGUAUCUCUCCUCAUCAGGCAGAAAGCAUAUAUGAGACAGGUAUGCAAGUUAGAUAUUCCGGUGCUGCUUCUGUUUCGACCCCAGGUGGUUCCUCUCUCCAGAUGCAGGAGUCAAAAGAGCAUGAACUUGGGUCCAAUUGGGAAACUACAGAGAACACAACUAUCUCAUUGGACAUGAAAACACCACUCAGUCAUUUUCCUCCUUUCCGCUUUGGGGUUGAGUUUGAAGAUGUCCACAGGCUUGCAGAUAGUCAGGUGAAACAUUCCACUGAAGUAUUUUAUGCAGGCUCUCUGUGGAAGGUAAGUGUCCAGGCAUUCAAUGACGAGGAUCCUCAUGGGCGUCGCACCCUUGGACUCUUUCUGCACCGACGCAAGGCUGAGCCAUUAGACCCCUUGAGGAAGGCCAACAUGUAUGUAGAUCCCCGGGAAAAGGUCACUGCUCGGUAUCAGCUUAUCUGUCCAUCGAAGAGGGAGGUGAUGAUAUUCGGGAGCCUGAAGCAGGCUGGCACGCUCCUACCCAAAGCUCCAAAAGGGUGGGGUUGGCGCACUGCCAUAUUGUUCGAUGAACUUGGUGAUCUUCUCCAGGGUGGAGCCCUGAGAAUUGCUGCAGUAGUGCAGCUUGUCUAAGCAAAAAUGCCCAGUAUAUCUAGAAGCUAUAGUGUGUUAGUAUAUGCAAAUCGAAAGAAAAGGGCACUAAAUGGCACCAGUAAUGUUUGGUAGUGUCACCAUAAUGUAUGUAGUUCUUGCAUAAAUGUGACUAGAGAUGGACGCAGGUCGAUCCGCGGGUAAUCCAACGUCAAAAGUAAACAUAUUAGUAUAUAUUUAGUUAAACAAGAGCUGGCUACGGAUUACCUGUGGGCUGACCUAUGCCAGUCAUGCUUUCAAGUGUGUAAUAGUAAUUAUGCAUGGGCAAACCAGUCUUAUCAUUGUGACCUGAGUUGGGUUCGUGUGGACGCAGAACCAUUUUUCUUUCCCAUUGAUAGCAACAAACAUGUUGCUGGCAAUUUGUACGAGAAAAAGGCAUAAAUGCAGCAUUGCUUAUAUGUUUCUGAAAA